UAGAAGAAACUUAACCUAAUCUCAAUUGGGUAGUAGUUCCCCCGUUGAAACUUCCACCUUUCGAAUUACCGAUAGAAGGAAAAACAAAACAGAAAUUUUGCGAAUAUAAUCUCGGCUUUUAUCGUUAUAAUUCUAGAGAAUAUUGUCUAGAGGUUUUCUAAUUCAUUCUUAUGCAUAACCUAACCUAAUCGCAAUUAAAAAAUAGUUCCCGUUCAAACUUCCACGUUUCGAAUUAGUGAUGAGUGGAAAAACGAAACGGAAACUCCGCGAAUAUAAUAUUGCCUUUUAUUGUUACAAUUCUAGAGAAUAGUAGAGGUUUUCUCGUUCAUUCUUAGCGUAACUUGCGGCACCGACGAUUUAAACGAUUAUUAUCAACACUGUGUGCCGGCGGUGUCGACCGAGAUGUCAAAUUUGUUUUACGGUCUGAUUAUAAUACUCGGAUUCACAGUUUUCAACGCUGAAUGUUCGAAUGGAGACAGAUCAACUUACUACGGAGAAUGCCUUCGAAAAUGCUACACGAUAAACUGCACUACAGACAUGAGCUUCAAGGAAAGCGCACCUCUGGAUUUAAGGCUAUUAUUAUGGACAUGCGACGACAACUGUCGUCACAUUUGCAUGUGGAAAACCGUAGACUAUUUUGCUUCUCAAGGCUGGAACAUUCCUCAAUUUUAUGGAAAGUGGCCAUUUGCUCGAAUGCUGGGCCUACAAGAGCCGGCUUCUGUAAUAUUUUCCAUACUAAACUUCCAAGUGCAUUACACGAUGUACAAAAAGUUUAAACAGGCUAUAAGACCUUCCAAUCCUAUGAAAUUAGCCUGGAGUUACUUUAGCAUUGUGUGCAUGAAUGGGUGGAUCUGGUCUACAGUGUUUCAUGCACGUGAUAAAACUUUCACAGAAGUGAUGGAUUAUUCUUGCGCAUUUGCCAUGGUUCUAACUUUUUUAUACUGUGUGAUGUUACGCAUAGCAUUGGAAAACUAUAGAGCAGUCAUUUUUGUAACUUGCGGAUAUUUGACCGUACUCUAUACACAUCUGUCUCAUUUAUGGUCUGGGAAAAUAAAUUACGGGUAUAAUAUGAAGUUCAACCUGGCCCUUGGACUCCUCACAUUCCUCGUGACAAUGGCUUGGUGGUAUCGCAACCGAAAAGAACUUGAACACGCAUCAUUGAUUGCCUGGUUCAAUAUUGGGACCGUUUUAGUUACGUUACUAGAAGUUGCCGACUUCCCUCCAAUUCUGUGGACACUUGAUGCCCAUUCCUUAUGGCACGCUUCCACCGUACCACUGGCGAUACUUUUGUAUCGAUUCAUCAUUCAAGACUGCAAACAUUUACAAAAAUUGGCAGAGAAGAUUUAAUUGAAUACCGAUUGUAUUCCGUUAAAUAGCGCCGCUAUCAGAAGAUUGGAACUUGAAUCAAAGUUAUCAUUAUUUUGAUUAAUUCAUCUUGGUUACUUUUUUUUUAGAGCAAAAAAGAUUUCAUGCCCAUCACUGAAUCGCGACGUUAAACGAGUAACCGAAAUUUCGUUCAAUUUGGGAAGUUUCAAAUUUAACAAGUUUUAUUUUUAAAUUAUUAUAAAUGACCAGUUAUCUUUUAGCGCGACUCUGGCUAAUUUAAUUCCAUAUACAGACUUAGAAUUUUUGUUUUACUUUCAAAAUAAAGUAAAAGCGAGUUAAUUAGCUUUAGACAUUCUGAAUAUUAAAAGCAUAUUUAUUAAAUAUAACAACACAAAUCGAGAGUUGUGUCAACUUGAAUCUAGGGGAAGUAUAAGUUGAUGUGUAUUUUUUAAUAAAUUUUUAUUACUAGCUAUAUAAUUAUAUAUAUAUAUCUAUACUUUUUUUUUAUAUAGAUAUCUAAAAGUAUGAAAUUGGAGCACCAUGUGGUAAUCGAUGAUGUGUACCCGGAUAAAAUUAAGUACAAAAAUUUUUAAAAUCGUUAUAUCCAGGAUAUUAAGAUUUGAUUGUGGUUAGUGUAGAAAUACACUCAUGCACGGUGUAUAAAAAGUGCUAUAGCAUAUUGCAAAAACACUAUUGAUUAUUUGAUUUAAUAUUAAAUUAUACUAACAAAAGGUUAAAACAAUUCUAAUUAAAGCUUAAAACUUCAGAAAAAUUCCAAAGUUCAAAGAUGCUUAUGAAACUUUCCUUUUUUCUUUCCUUUUAUCGUACUAAACGAUUUGUAUAAAAAUAAUAAUUACAUGAGUCAAAUCACUGGAAUGUACUGAAAGUUUGGCUCUAACGAUGAAGGUGAAAAAAAUUCAUUUGCGAAUAUUGACAUGGUAUAAAUAUUGAAACUCAUUCGACGAGUGUUUAUAGAAUUACGUUUCAUAAGCAUCCACCACUCUUUAUCAGCUUAUUUUUUGAUAAAAUUGACAAGAUAUUAUAAAACGUUGUUUUUGUUUGUCAGCGUACAAGCAAUACAAUAUAAUAUUAUUUUGUUACUUCAGCCUAUAUUUGUUAAAAAAAAAAAAAAAAAAAAAAAAAAAAUGAAACCACGAAAACGGUUAUUAGACGUUAUUAAAAUUCUAAUUCUAAUGUAUAAAUACAGAUGCCAGAUAUAUCAAUAACUACGUUUGAACCUUGAUCAGCUAGGUGUAUUAAGCUAUUUGCCAAAAGUUCAUUGUCUUGUUGUAAGUAAAUACAAGACACGCCACUAUCCAUGUAAUCCUAAAGAAUGGAAAUAUGUACACAUUUUUUAUUUUGUCCGUUUUAUAUUGACAGAGUUUUAGCUCUCGACUCUCCGUUGCGCUUAUUCCCAUAACGCUUUCCAAUAACAAAUUUAUUUCUGCAUAUUAUGACGUAGAUGAAAAUUGUUCAAUUAUUCCGAUAACUCAUUUUGUAAUUUAUGAAUUUUUAUUAUUUAUAUGGUGCAUGAAGUAGUUAGUUUGGGAAAAUAUUCGCAGCUGCCUAUUGGUUCAAAAUUCCAUCUACUUUUUAAUUACAGUCGGAAACGACCAGUGUGUAAAAUAUGAUUAAGUUAUUUUAGUACCGUUAAUAAUAACCGUGCUGUCACAAAUUUGAAUUACGUAUAUAAUGUAUUAUCCUUAU